AUGGCCGAAUCCGCACAUGAGGCGCAAAGCGAUGCAGUCCCAACCCCUACCGUGGAGGAAAGGUUAUUUGAAAUGUUCGAGGAUACGAAGAAUCAAACCCAAACGGACGGACCACCAAAAAUACAGAAGGUUAUAUUCUUGCUCCGAGAUCACAAACAUUUCGUCAAGCACUACGAGCCAAGAGUGGUAUCUCUGGGUCCUAUCCAUCAUGGUAAUAAGAAGUACCAGCUAUCAGAGAAGUUCAAGCUUAGAUUGGCAAGAGAAUUUGUCAAAAGGAGCGGCAAUAGUAUAAAAGAUAUAUUCAUGGCGAUUAAAAAGAAAAUUACGGAACUCAGGGACUGCUACGAGGUGGAGGUGAACGAAAAAUACAAAAAUGAUGUUGUCCUCACCUGGAUAUUGGUCAUUGACGGCUCUGCAAUCCUGCAAUACAUAUGCUCUGCUGUUGCAGACGAGUUCAAAAAGUUUAAAAUAAAAGCCGACAGUGUAGCCUUCUGUCAACAGGAUUUGUUCUUGCUGGAGAACCAAGUUCCCUAUCGUCUUCUCGAGGAGUUAAUGAGCCUGAGCGAGAUGAAAGAAAAGUUAGAGAAAUCGAUUGAUGAAUUCAUUAAAAGAAACCUGAAUAUGAGAAUAAUGAAUCAGCAAUCGAGCCAAGAACAAGCUGGAGAAUCAGGAAAAAGUAAAAAGCCAACCCAUCUUCUCGACCUUCUGAGGACAAGUCUCUUGGGCCCGGCAAGAAAACCAAAGGAAGGAGAACAGAGCUCACGAAAGCAGCAAAAGAACAAAACAAAGAACGACCGAGAUUGGCAAUCGUAUCGCAACAUGCAGGAGCUUAUAGCAGCAGGAAUCCAUGUGAAGCGAAGUGAAGAUAAUUCCUUGAGAGGCAUAUCUUUUAGUAGAAAAUUCAACUUCUACCCGGGAUUCCUCUCGCUUCCUCCACUAAUUGUGGAUGACUCGACGGGGCCUAAGUUCUUGAACUUAAUAGCCUACGAAAUGUGUCUGGACUUCCAAAAUGACUUCGGCAUCACCUCGUACAUAUCCUUCCUCGAUUCACUCAUCGAUGAAGCCAACGACGUCAAGGAACUAAGGAAAGCACGCGUGCUCUUCAACCUCCUCGGCAGCGACGAAGAAGUGGCUCGGCUCUUCAAUGAGAUUGGCACCGACUUAGUGCCUAACAUCGACGAGUAUGACGAUGUCAAGUGGCAGAUUCAGGAAUACUAUGACAAAACUUGGGUGACAUGGGUGGCCGAAUUCUUCCACAAUCAUUUCAGCAGCCCGUGGACGCUGCUUGCUUUUUUUGGCGCAUUAUUCGCGCUUGCUCUGAGUGCCACUCAGACUUGGUACGCAGUGGACUCUCCCCCCAGCCCCUGCGAUAAGUUCUGCGAGAAAUUCAAUCAAAACUUACGAAAGGGAUGA